GAGACACGUUCCCGAACGCCCCGCCGCCCAACAUCCGCCGCGUGUUGACUCCCGCCCAACAAUUGGCUCUAGCUGAGAAGAGGAGCAAGCUACGGCCGUCUAUGUCCCAGGGGACAGUGGUUCACAGUCAACGGUUUCAAGAGAAAGACUUCACAGUUGCCACCCCGGAGGAGUUUGUACGGCGGUUUCAGGGCACUAAACCCAUUAAUAAGGUGUUGAUUGCAAAUAAUGGUAUUGGUGCUGUAAAAUGCAUGAGAUCAAUCAGAAGAUGGUCCUACGAGAUGUUCAAGAACGAGAGAGCUGUCAGGUUUGUUGUGAUGGUGACUCCAGAGGACUUGAAAGCCAAUGCGGAGUAUAUAAAGAUGGCGGAUCAUUACGUGCCGGUACCCGGCGGCUCCAACAACAACAAUUACGCCAACGUGGAGCUCAUUGUCGACAUUGCUAUACGUACACAAGUGCAGGCGGUGUGGGCGGGCUGGGGUCACGCGUCAGAGAACCCGAAGUUGCCCGAGCUACUGCACCGCGCCGGAGUCGUAUUCAUCGGACCCCCAGAGAAGGCCAUGUGGGCCCUCGGAGACAAAAUAGCUUCUUCCAUUGUCGCACAGACGGCAAACAUACCCACGCUGCCGUGGAGUGGAAGUGAAUUGAAAGCAGAGUACAAUACAAAGAAAAUCAAAAUAUCAUCUGAACUGUUCGCCAAGGGUUGUGUCACUUCCCCUGAACAGGGGCUACAGGCCGCUCACAAAAUUGGCUUUCCCGUGAUGAUCAAGGCGUCAGAAGGGGGCGGUGGCAAAGGUAUCAGGAAGGUGGAGAACCCUGAUGAUUUUAACAACAUGUUCCGACAGGUGCAAGCAGAAGUUCCGGGAUCACCAAUAUUUGUCAUGAAGUUGGCUAAGUCAGCCAGACAUCUGGAAGUUCAACUCUUGGCUGACCAGUACGGCAACGCGAUAUCUCUGUUCGGUCGUGACUGUUCGAUCCAACGUCGCCACCAGAAGAUCAUAGAGGAGGCGCCGGCGGCUAUUGCCAAGCCUGACGUUUUUAUUGAGAUGGAAAAGGCUGCAGUCCGUCUAGCGAAAAUGGUGGGGUACGUGAGUGCAGGCACCGUUGAGUACCUCUACGAUCCGGCCACCGGGUCGUACUACUUCCUGGAACUGAACCCGCGACUCCAAGUCGAGCAUCCGUGCACUGAGAUGGUAGCAGAUGUCAACUUGCCUGCUGCACAAUUACAGAUUGCUAUGGGUCUUCCACUGUAUCAUAUCAAGGACAUACGCCUGUUAUACGGGGAGUCACCAUGGGGAAUGACCCAGCUGGACUUUGAUGAGCCCAAACAGCGACCUUCCCCAUGGGGACACGUGAUAGCAGCCAGGAUCACCUCGGAGAACCCUGAUGAAGGUUUCAAGCCAUCUUCCGGCACAGUCCAGGAGCUGAAUUUCAGGUCUUCGAAGAAUGUGUGGGGAUAUUUCAGUGUAGCGGCCUCUGGUGGGUUGCACGAGUUCGCAGAUUCGCAGUUCGGUCACUGUUUCUCAUGGGGAGAGACGAGGGAGCAGGCUCGAGAGAACCUGGUCAUAGCUUUGAAGGAGUUGAGCAUCCGCGGAGACUUCCGUACCACGGUGGAGUACCUGAUCACCUUGUUGGAGACUCCCGCCUUCCAAGAGAACAAUAUUGACACCAGCUGGCUCGAUGCUCUUAUUGCCGAGAGGGUUCAAGCAGAGAAGCCGGACAUAAUGCUGGGCGUGCUGUGCGGGGGUAUACUUAUAGCUGAUAGCAUCAUCACCGCACACCUUCUGGAGUUCAAGAGCGCGCUAGAGAAGGGACAAAUCCAAGGGUCGAGCCAGUUAUCCAACUGCGUAGAUGUGGAGUUGAUACACAGCGGUUCUAAAUAUAAGGUGCAAGCUACCAAGUCGGGCCCCACCUCCUAUUUCCUGGCCAUGAACGGCAGUUUCAAGGAGAUGGAGGUGCAUAAGCUGACUGAUGGCGGUAUACUGCUCUCCAUUGACGGCGCCUCAUACACCACAUAUUUCAAAGAUGAGGUGGAUAAGUACCGUAUAGUGAUCGGGAACCAAACUGUGGUCUUCGAGAAGGAGAAGGACCCGUCCAAACUUAGAGCGCCAUCUGCCGGCAAAUUGAUCAACACGUUGGUCGAUGAUGGCGGACACGUUGAUAAGGGACAGCCGUACGCCGAGAUUGAGGUGAUGAAAAUGGUGAUGACGCUGUCAGCGCCAGAAUCCGGCAAGGUAACAUGGACCUUGAGGCCAGGUGCCGUUCUUGAUAUGGGCUCACUUAUUGGAACUUUGGAACUGGACGAUCCGUCACUAGUGACGACAGCGCAGCCCUACAAGUUGCAAUUCCCUCUGGAGGACAACCCGCAGGUGUCAGAGAAACUCAACCACGCCCACAACAAAUAUAGGGCUAUAUUGGAAAAUACACUAGCAGGUUACUGCUUACCCGAGCCAUACAACACGCCCAGACUGCGGGAGGUGGUGGAAAAAUUCAUGCAGAGUCUGCGGGACCCGUCCUUGCCGCUGUUAGAACUACAAGAGGUCUUGUCGUCCACGUCCGGUCGUAUACCAAUAGCUGUGGAGAAGAAGGUGCGCAAACUGAUGGCGCUGUACGAGAGGAACAUCACCAGUGUUCUGGCGCAGUUCCCGAGUCAACAGAUUGCUAGUGUUAUUGAUCACCACGCGGCGUCGCUCGCUAAACGUGCUGACAGGGACGUGUUCUUUAUGAGUACGCAGGCGCUUGUCGUAUUAGUCCAGAGAUACAGGAAUGGCAUACGAGGUCGUAUGAAGGCAGCUGUGCACGAUCUACUUAAGCAGUAUUAUCUGGUCGAAAGUCACUUCCAGCUGGGGUCAUACGACAAAUGCGUGGUGGCGCUCCGCGACCGCUACAAGGACGAUAUGCAAGCGGUUGCCAAUAUUAUAUUCUCCCACAAUCAAGUCUCCAAGAAGAAUUUACUGGUGACGCUCCUGAUCGAUCACCUAUGGUCCAACGAGCCUGGACUGACCGACGAGCUGGCUACCACCCUCAACGAGCUUACGUCGCUACACAGAGCCGAGCACAGCAGGGUCGCGCUUAGAGCGAGACAGGUCCUAAUCGCCGCCCAUCAGCCCGCGUAUGAACUCCGUCACAAUCAAAUGGAGUCGAUAUUCUUGUCGGCAGUGGACAUGUACGGCCACGAUUUCCAUCCGGAGAACUUGCAGAAGUUAAUACUAUCUGAAACGUCCAUAUUUGAUAUACUUCACGAUUUCUUUUAUCACACAAAUGCUGCGGUAUGCAAUGCGGCUCUGGAGGUAUACGUGCGUCGCGCGUACACGUCUUACGACAUUGCUUGCCUUCAACACCUGGCGUUGUCUGGGGAGCUGGGCGUCGUUCACUUCCAGUUCGUGCUACCCACCGGACACCCCAACAGGAUUCCAAUCAGCCAGUCGGAAAUCGAGCUGUCCGCGGCACAGGACCAGGAGGGUAUACCGGCGGAGCUUUGUACAGCGGCAAUGAGGAAGUGUCAUCAUCGAACUGGGGCGCUGGCAGCGUUCACAUCGUUUGAUCAGUUCGUGCAGUACGCCGACGAACUGUUGGAUCUCGUUCACGACUUCGCCAGCUCUGCUUCGGUCAGAAGAGAAGACUUGCAAGUACUACAGGAGGGCAGCGAGAGUCGGGACAGCACGAGCAUCAAUAUGGGCCACGACUACAAGAUCCCUGACGCUGAUGAUGUUCCGCUGGAGCCGAUCCACAUCCUGAUGAUCGGCGUACGAGACAGCGGGGAGAGCGACGACGGCGCGGUGUCCCGCCGCUUCGGCAACUUCUGCCGCGCGCACCGCCACGAGCUGCACCACAAGCGGAUCCGCAGGAUCACCUUCAUGUCGCUCAUCAAGCGACAAUUCCCCAAGUUCUUCACAUACCGGGCACGUAACGACUUCACAGAGGACACCAUCUACCGACAUCUAGAACCGGCGUCCGCAUUCCAGCUGGAGCUGUACAGGAUGAGGAGUUAUGACCUGGAAGCGUUGCCGACCAGCAACCAGAAGAUGCAUUUGUAUUUGGGGAAAGCGAAGGUGAAGAAAGGCCAAGAAGUUACAGACUACCGCUUCUUCAUCCGAUCCAUCAUCAGACACCAAGACCUUAUUACCAAGGAGGCCAGUUUUGAAUAUCUUCAAAACGAAGGGGAAAGGGUACUGUUGGAAGCUAUGGACGAACUCGAAGUGGCAUUCUCCCAUCCGCUAGCGAAGCGUACAGAUUGCAACCAUAUAUUCCUCAACUUCGGACCCACGGUCAUCAUGGACCCCUCUAAAAUUGAAGAGUCUGUUCUCGGUAUGGUGAUGAGGUACGGACCUCGCCUCUGGAAACUGAGGGUGCUGCAGGCCGAGAUACGAUUCACACUCAGGAUUGGCCCCGGAGCGCCGACGAAGAAUGUACGGCUGUGCCUGUCUAACGGUUCUGGGUACUCGCUCGACGUGUAUACUUACGAAGAGGUAUCAGAUCCCAACACCGGAGUGAUAAUGUUCCAUUCGUACGGUCCGCGGCAGGGUCCUAUGCAUGGACUGCCGAUAUCAACGCCGUAUGUCACCAAAGAUUACUUGCAACAGAAGAGAUUUUUGGCUACGUCACAAGGAACCACAUACGUGUACGAUAUCCCGGAUAUGUUCCGGCAGACGGUGGAGCGACGCUGGCGGGACUGCAUCGAGGAUGGCAGCAUCGACGGUCCACAGCCUGAUAACGUGAUGUCAUCAGUGGAGUUAGUGAUAGAACCAGACGGGGAGAGACGGGUGGUCGAGGUGACCCGACUACCUGGACAGAAUACCGUGGGCAUGGUAGCGUGGCGUUUGACCCUAUUCACGCCGGAGUGCCCCGACGGUCGUGACAUCAUCCUCAUAGCGAACGAUCUCACAUACUACAUGGGGUCGUUUGGCCCUCAAGAGGAUCUGGUCUACUACAAGGCGUCGCAGUAUGCGAGAGAACUCAGGAUACCAAGGGUAUACAUAAGCGUGAACUCAGGCGCCCGCAUCGGAGUCGCUGAGGAGGUCAAAUCGGAGUUCAACGUGGCGUGGGUGGACGCGGAGAGACCUGAACGCGGCUUCAAGUACCUGUACCUCACGCCGGAGUCCUACUCCAAGCUGGGACCUCUGGGGUCCGUCAAGACUGAGCUGAUCGACGACGAGGGCGAGUCCAGAUAUAAGAUCACCGAUAUUAUUGGCAAGGAGGACGGCCUGGGCGUGGAGUGCCUGCGCGACGCGGGGCUGAUCGCCGGCGAGACGGCGCAGGCCUACGAGGACGUCGUCACCAUCUCCGUGGUCACCUGCCGCGCCAUCGGCAUCGGCUCCUAUGUCGUCAGACUGGGGCACCGCGUGAUCCAGGUGGAGUCGUCGUACAUAAUCCUGACGGGGUACGCCGCCCUCAACAAAGUGCUGGGCCGCGCCGUGUACGCCUCCAACAACCAGCUGGGCGGCGCACAGAUCAUGCACAACAACGGCGUCUCACACGCAGUCGCACCCUCCGACCUGGAGGCCAUCGCCACCGCCGUCCGCUGGCUGUCCUACGUGCCCAAGAAUAAGCUGAGCAUCGUUCCCAUGAUGCGUAGUGGCGACCCCGUGGACAGACCGGUGGAGUGGCGGCCCCCUCGCGCGGCGCACGACCCUCGCCUGCUGCUGACAGGGGAUGCUGCAAGGCCUGGAUUCUUCGACCGCGGCAGCUUCGACGAGAUCAUGAAGCCUUGGGCUCAGACCGUUAUUACAGGUCGCGCGCGGCUGGGGGGCAUCCCCGUGGGGGUGGUGGCGGUGGAGACGCGCACGGUGGAGCUGACGCUGCCCGCCGACCCCGCCAACCUCGACUCCGAGGCCAAGACCCUGCAGCAGGCGGGCCAGGUGUGGUUCCCUGACUCUGCAUACAAGACGUCUCAAGCCAUCAACGACUUCUCUCGCGAAGGACUGCCGAUCAUGAUCUUCGCAAAUUGGCGAGGCUUCAGUGGUGGACAGAAAGACAUGUACGAGCAGAUCCUGAAGUUCGGCGCGGAGAUAGUACGCGCGUUACGAGCAUCUCGUGCGCCCGUGCUGGUGUACAUCCCGCCGGGCGGGGAGCUGCGCGGCGGAGCGUGGGCAGUCGUCGACCCCAGCGUCAACAGUCGCCGCAUGGAGAUGUACGCCGACCCCGACGCCAGAGGGGGUGUACUAGAAGCGGAAGGUAUUGUAGAGGUGAAGUUCAAGCAGCGGGAUAUAUUGAAGACCAUGCACCGACUAGACCCGGAGCUGCUGCGGUUGGGUGCUAGAGUAUCAGAACUGAAGGAGCAAAUCAAAGAUAUAUCUAAGAAUCUAGACAGGCGAGGAUCCAUCGACGAUGUCCUUGUGAAGACGGACACCGGCCGACAAGCGGAGGACAAAGUACGCGAACUGGAAGCGGAGUUGUUCACAUUGGAGAAGAACGUGAAGAGCCGCGAGAAGGAACUGAGCCCAAUAUACCACGAGAUCGCGGUUCAGUUCGCAGAGCUGCACGACACCGCUGAACGGAUGCUCGAGAAGGGCUGCAUAUUUGAUAUAGUUCCAUGGCGGGAUUCCCGUCGCCAAUUCUACUGGCGUCUGAAGAGGCUACUCCGCCAGAACGAGCAGGAGCUGAGGGUGCAGGACGCCGUCAGUUCAGCCGGGGCGAUGGACCAGGGUCCAGCUGCAGCCACCUUGAGGAGAUGGUUCACGGAAGACCUUGGGGAGACAGUGUCUCAUCAAUGGGAGCAUAACAACGAAGCAGUGUGCAAGUGGCUGGAGGCUCAGGCGGCCGAUGAUGAUUCAGUGCUGGAACGGAACCUGCGCGCCAUCAAACAGGAUUCCGUCCUGCAGGCCGUCAACUCCCUCGUCAUGGAACUCACCCCGUCCCAACGGUCCGAGUUCAUAAGGAAAUUAACCUCACUAGAAAUGGAGCAAUAAAUAUAUUUAUAUGUACAAUACGAUUUAUUUAAGUGAAGAACGUUUUAUCGAUACAUGUAUAUAUCGAUGUUUUUCUAUAAUCAAUUUUAUCUGAUAUCAGGUGAUGAAUUAUUGUUGUAUAUAAUUAAUUUCAUACCAAACGAUAAUCGACUUUAUCGCUUUUGGAAAAUGUACCAAAAUUGUGAUUCAGGUAUUCAAAAUUAGAAAUCUAUAAUUUCUGUCAUGACAGAAUAUUUUUUUAUGUUUUUUUUUAUUUAUCGAAUAUGAGGGUAUCUCGAAAUUGUCACUCGAAUGUGUCUAUAAGACUAAUGAAUUUGAAGUAUAUUCUUAAGAAAUAAUAAGUAUGGAAGUUUUUGGAACAGGGCCGAAUGUGUGAAACGAGUCAUGAAAGUGAAUGAAGAAUUAUUUGCAUGCGACGGUAGAUAUCAAUAGUGCUUGCUUCGUGCUGCUUACCCUUUAAAGGAUCAGGCGUGAAGAUAUUAUCAGUAUGGUAAUACCAAAUUAUAACAUUAUAUUUCAAAAUAAUAAUAUAGUGAUUAAUGUAAACAUAAACUCGAUUAUUAAUCGAAUAAACUGUAUCGAUUUAUUCUUAUCGAUAUACGUCUGUAUUUUUAUGUUUAUAUAUCAAAUUAUGGUAUAUAUACUUUCUGUAUUACUUUGUAUAUUUUGUUUAUUUAAAUGUAUUUUUUAUAAUAAUAAAUCUAUGAAUAAUAAAAUAUACAAACAUCUACUACAUCUUAAUAAAAUAUUAUUGCAUUUCUCGAUUAGUGAAAACAUUUUUUAAAUAGGUGUAGUUAUUCCGGAGUUUGCUCUCCACAUCCACAAAAAAAUCGCAUUCUCCCUAUUUAUAUUAUUUGAAUAGCAUUUCGUCGAC